UGAAGAAUCCGCACUCCUAACGUUACCGAGUACCGGGAGAGUUGGCGGUUCGUACACGGGGGAAGAAAAAAAGAUAAGUAAUUAUUAGCUUGUUUAAUUAGAGUUAAACGGAUUAACAACACGGAGAGGGGGGUGGAGGACUAGUGAAUCUUCGAACAAGUGACUACAAAAGGACAACAAUACACAACAGACCGCAGCGCUCCAGACUGAGUGGAGCCAGCAACUUGUGAGACGUUCCAGAGCCGCAGCACGACCCCCGCUCUGGAGGACAUGGCACGGGGGAGACGGAGGGAAGAGUCGGUGGAGAAAAUCUUUAAGAAAAGUGCGAACUGACGCUUAAACGUUACGGGGAAAACACACGGCUAUGGCUCGGGUGCGUUGUUAGAAGAACGCUGGUGGAGCUGAGCGUUGACUGUAAAGCUGUUGGACAAGUCGAUGCUGGAAGUUGAGAAGUAGUCACAUCCUUUUUUUUUUUUUUUCUUAGCCUGUCAACUCGCACCGGUGGGACCUGCUGCAGCGUGUCAGUUCGACAGAGGUCCUGAUCCCAGCUCCUGCAGCCUACACCCACCCACCCCUUCAUCAGUGGUGGUGACCCAAGUCCGGACAGCUUGCUGCAGGGCCCUUCCUGAGCAGCAGCAGCUGCGUCCUGCUUGCUGACUCCCCUUCCCUGCUUCCUGUCCUUGGUCAGACAAGGCUAAAGCCUCCUCUCCCCACCCCUUUUCAGUCCUAGCCUCUCACACACACUCACAUUCACACACUCAAGUGGUUUCUCCUGUUGACCACCCAUUCACACACCGUCUUAGGGUACUAACGCUCGUUGGAGAUCAUUGCCUGGGGGCUUGUAGAUCCUCAUAGCCCCUCUGGAGUGACCUGCCAUCAUCAUAGAAGUCCUCCCUUUUUUUUUUCACCCCACAUUACAACUACCAGCAUGACCUCCAUGUCCAGCCUCUUCUCUUUCACAAGCCCGGCGGUCAAGCGCCUGCUCGGCUGGAAGCAGGGAGACGAGGAGGAGAAAUGGGCGGAAAAGGCGGUGGAUGCGCUGGUGAAAAAGCUGAAGAAGAAGAAAGGCGCCAUGGAGGACUUGGAGAAAGCGCUGAGCUGCCCUGGACAGCCCAGCAAGUGUGUUACGAUUCCAAGAUCACUGGACGGCCGGCUACAGGUUUCCCACAGGAAAGGUCUGCCUCACGUAAUCUACUGCAGAGUGUGGCGCUGGCCAGACCUCCAGUCCCAUCAUGAGCUCAAGCCCCUGGAGGUGUGCGAGUACCCAUUUGGCUCCAAACAGAAGGAGGUCUGCAUCAACCCAUAUCACUACAAGCGAGUAGAGAGUCCUGUGCUCCCUCCUGUCCUGGUACCGCGGCACAGUGAGUUCAACCCUCAGCACAGCUUGCUGGUACAGUUCCGCAACCUCACCCACAACGAGCCGCACAUGCCCCUGAACGCCACCUUUCCAGAGUCCUUCCAGCAGCCGCACAGCGGAGGUGGCACCAAUGGCGGCGGCGGCGGAGGAGGGGGCAGCAGCGGUUCUUUCCCCAUCUCGCCCAACUCGCCGUAUCCUCCUUCUCCAGCCAGCAGUGGUACUUAUCCAAACUCUCCUGCCAGCUCGGGGCCCUCCAGUCCAUUCCAGCUCCCAGCUGACACCCCACCCCCAGCCUACAUGCCUCCUGAUGAGCAGCUGGGCCAGGAGAGCCAGUCCAUGGAAACAAGCAGCAGCCUGGUGCCGCCGAACAUGGCCAGAGGAGAUGUGCAGCCAGUGGAGUACGAGGAGCCGAGUCACUGGUGCUCUAUCGUCUACUAUGAGCUCAACAAUCGCGUAGGUGAGGCUUACCACGCCUCGUCAACCAGCGUGCUGGUGGACGGCUUCACCGACCCCUCAAACAACAAGAACCGCUUCUGCCUUGGACUGCUGUCCAACGUCAACCGCAACUCGACAAUCGAGAACACCCGCAGACACAUCGGCAAAGGAGUGCACCUGUACUAUGUGGGAGGGGAGGUGUACGCCGAGUGCCUCAGCGACACCAGCAUUUUUGUCCAGAGCCGUAACUGUAAUUACCACCACGGCUUCCACCCCACCACUGUCUGCAAGAUCCCCAGUGGAUGUAGCCUCAAGAUCUUCAACAACCAGGAGUUUGCUCAGCUUCUGGCCCAGUCAGUCAACCACGGCUUCGAGGCCGUCUAUGAGCUCACUAAGAUGUGUACCAUUCGGAUGAGCUUCGUCAAGGGCUGGGGAGCCGAGUACCACCGACAGGACGUCACCAGCACCCCCUGCUGGAUCGAGGUGCAUCUGCACGGGCCACUCCAGUGGCUGGACAAGGUGCUAACACAGAUGGGUUCACCUCUCAACCCAAUCUCCUCUGUGUCCUAAUGAUGGACUUGUGGGAGCUUGGGAGAUCCUUUCUACUUCUUUUUUUGUUUUUUUUACAUUUUACCUUUCUCCCCUCAGUGAUUUAUAAUUUAAGGUGGUCUUAAUGGCUGAACUGUUUACACUUAACUUUGGGAAGGGACGUUGAACUCUGGCUGGAAAUUCAGCAACAACAGCAGCAGCAGCAGCCAGAAUUGUUGAAACAGAGUAACAUUACAAGCAAAUACCUGGAGAGAGAAAGAGAGGAACGAGGAAUGCCCAAGUGGCGUGGACACACUACCGCUUGACAAUGCUACCACACCUGCAAGAAUCGAGGGCUCCAUUGUCAAGCUUGUGUCUGUCAAAUGUUAAUUUUUUUUUUUUGCAUCAAGUUUUAUUGUUUUCUCAAAUGGUUUUUAUUUCUCUGUAUGUAGUUUUUAAUGAAGCAGAACAGUCUCACUACUCUGCCUUAUGUCCAAAAGACGAAUUGAAAUUUUACUGAACACUUUUCUUACAUUUGUCGUCUCAAAGUCAGAUAUUUACAACAAGAUAUAGACACGAUCAUGUUUACCAUUAGGCUCUGAUAUAAGAAAUGCUUUCUUUUUUUUUUUAUAGUCUCUACUGCUAGAAAUGAACACUGAGCUACUGCCUUUGCGAGAAGGUUACGUAUGCCAACCUGAUAGUUUUUGAUAUGGGAGAUCAAUCACUGAACAAGAAUAACAUACCAUAAGCUAACAACAUUGUGAAUGUUACAUCUAUUGCAAUAGAGGUAGUCAUUUAUGAUAUAAUCAGACAAUGGACAUCAUUAUUGAUUCUUGUUUGUACUCUCAAGUUCAAGUAAGAGUGACUGUAUUUUCCAUACUCACUGUAUUAACAAUAUUGUGCACUCAUGGAUUUUGUGGAGGCGUAUUAAAUUUUUGGCGUGGGUACCAAGGCAUUAUGUUAGGUAAUUGACUUCAUUAGCUCAAUGAAAUAAACAGGUUAUUCGGUAACAAUGA